AUGGCACCCACGGAAAAUUCGGCAAGAAUGAUCCUUCAUGGUCCAGAUGAGUGGGAGUCUUGGAGCGAAAAAUUCAAAGCUCGAGCUAUCAGUGAUAACAUCUGGAAAUACGUCAAUCCAGACACCGAUGAUGAGCUUGAGGAGGAACCACCACUGCCAGAUGUUGGCAAAUACCCAAGGCGACAAAUUAUUGACUCAAAUAACCAAGGAGCGGGACGGAGCAGGAGAGUAACGGAAGGGGAUCAGUCACAGACCCUCGAAUCCUCGUCCCAGCACCAAUACUUCUCACAGUCAUACGAACGACCACAUCCUACCCUUAUGGCACGAGGGGUGCAAGACCUUCUGCCAGCAGACAGGUCAACAUAUGACCUAGAAGUCAGGAUCCGGACACAAGAGGUCCGAGACAUCAAGGAAAAACAGACAUCUAUAAGUAAACUUCGCACAUGGGUUGAGGAGUCCAUCAGUGACCACCUCUGGACGACAUGUUGCAAUGCUGAAGAUACAAUCCGCGACUGGUACAUCGGACUUAGGACCUCGGUAUGCGCCGACGAUGUCCAGCUCCGUAGUAAAGCACGCGACCGAUACCAUCGUGCGAUCCAACCACUGAAAAAGAUACCACAAGACUUUGAAGCUUGGAUCAAGCAGUGGAGAGAGGCAUUUGCCUAUGCCCAGAUUCGAGAUGUAGCCGAUGUUGCUCAUUCAGCUGACUGGCUGAAAGAUGUAAGUAAGGCAGUCAAGGACGUGCUGCCCGCUUGGGGUUCAUCCUUCCGAAAUGGACAUCUUGCGGCAAUCAGAAGCGAUACACUCGACUACAAGGAAGUUGCGGCAUCCCUUUAUGAUGAAGCAGACGUACAAAACAUACUUAAGAGGCAACCUCAGAAAGUUAAUAAGGGAGCUUUUGGUCCCACGUUUGGACCUGAAACUGACGAUGGUCCGGAAGAGUCCCAAGACCAGUCGACGGACCAGCGCAAAGGACGGAAAAGGAAAGCUAAGAAUGAAAAAGAAAAAGAGACUGAUUCCAAGAAACGGAAGCGCGAAGACCCAGACAAUCAGAGUCAUUGCGAUAACCUAGACACAGAGAGGUGCUAUGCCUGCGGAAGCAGACGUCAUGAUAUCAAGAAGUCACGACGUGUUGGCAAAUGCAGCACAGCCACGUGCGCAGCGUUCUUUACUGGUCGUGCACCUCAAAUCGCGUUUGCCAUCACACAAUACCCUCUGAAAAACUCAGCCUUACUGGACUCUGCAUCAACUAUUCAUAUCUUCAACGAGAUCAGUCGAUUUAACAACUUUCGUGCAGCGUUACCAGGAGACUGUGUUACUGCUGGAGACCACCUUGUCCCUAUCCAAGGAUAUGGCGACGUGGACAUCAGGGUCCAAGGACAAAGGGGCUUCGAUAUUCUGAGACUACGUAACGUGGCACUCUGCGAAAAUUUCGCAGCGAACCUGGUCUCCCUCCGUCAAUUGCGACAACAUGGAUAUUGGUGGGAUAACCGGUUAGGCCAUAAUUGUCUCCGAGCAUCUAACGGAAAGAUCAUAUGCACUGUCCUUGACCGACAUGAUCAGUUCGUCCUAGAACAUAUCCCAUGGGGGGGUGUACUGGAGAUAAAAGCGCGCGCAAUGAGAAUAGGAGCAGGAUUACCCAACUACUUAUGGGUCGAGAUUUUCAAAGCUGCUGUCUACCUGUAUAACCGAACGCCAAAGUACAUCCUUCGAUGGGAAUCACCAUACAGUCGGUUCUUUACCUUCCUCGCGAAUCGAGAUGGCAUUACCAACCGAUAUUACAAACCAGACCUACGACAUCUCCGUGUAUAUGGCUGCAAAGCGUUUGCGAUGACCAAGGACGCAAUGGCCAAGAGAAAACGCCGACAGAAGCUAAAUCCAAGAGCCUGGAUUGGCUAUCUUGUGGGUUACCAGUCGACCAACAUCUACCGGAUCUGGAACCCAUGGCUUGGUGAAGUUAUCUCAACGAGAGAUGUGAUAUUUAAUGAAGAUGAGUAUUUCCAUGGAGAUCUUGAACAAUUGAAAGAUGAUAUCCGUGAGCUAAAUCGUGAGGAGUUAAUGAACCUCCUCCGAGAAAUUAAAGAACCAGAACAAACAGAAGAAACCUCGCAAGAGGAAUCCCAAGGAGAAGAUGAUCUUGUGUUUGGUAUGGAUGAUGAAUGGGAUUUGAGUAUGCCCCACGGAGUUGAUGAUCAGACUAGGGAAGGUAACCUCAGACCUAACCCUGAGGACCACCCGAACAUGCGUGUGGCACCGUCUGUAACCGAGGAUCCCCACCAGGUGCCAUAUGCACUGGGGUCUGGAGAGAGUCUCCCCGAUAGCAUCAACGCGAAAUUGGGUGUAACUGAUCGCAUAGAAGCGAUGCAACAGACUCAAGAUCUCCUAAGUUUAGAAAAUCCCAACAUCUCACCCCAGGGAGGGACUCCACAGCGGCAGGAUGCGAACGGUUGGGAGACGUCCUUUCCUAGUAUGCUAUCUGAUACUCGCACAAAGGCAAAUGCUGAUGUGCAAUUCCAACCAUAUCCAACGCCAUCGUUAACAGACUCUACUCCAGCUGCGCUUAUGGCAGCUUGCUUCCAAGGGACAAAUUUGAACCCAGAAAUGCAAUAUCAAGAAAACAAAGUAUUAAACAGAAACACAAAUGUCGAAACCUGGAAGGCUGCUUUUGCCGCUGGUCGACAUGCCGCACCCAUCGGCAUGAUCAACGGGAAGCCGAUUGACCGAGCUAAGUUCCUCCGUAUUCUUACCCAACCAAAGAGCUUACAUCGUUCACAACUUCCAGCGGCCCCAAAAUCACAUAGAGAUCUUGCAACCCAUCUGAUGGGGACACUUUUCCAUGAUGCUGAACGCAUCCAUUUAAAUAGUCAUAAAGAAAUGCAGUCCUGGAUUGAGAUAUCCAAGUCGGAUCAAUCAGCAAGGAACCAACAGGUGCUGGAUUGUAUGUGGGUCUAUACCUACAAAUUCGACAAACAUGGACGUUUUCAGAAAUGCAAGGCUCGUCUUGUAGUUCGAGGAGACCAGCAGGCAAAAUCGAUUCAUGAAGACACCUAUGCCUCCACGCUGGCUGGACGUUCAUUUAGAAUCCUCAUGGCCAUCGCGGCACGGUUUGAUCUUGAACUAGUGCAGUACGAUGCAGUCAACGCCUUCGUUAAUGCCAAAAUGGACAGAGACAUAUAUAUGAAAAUGCCUCCAGGACAUCGGAAAUCUGAAAGAAUAUUGAAACUCCAGAAAGCGCUAUACGGGUUAAGGUGCUCACCUUUGCUUUGGCAGAAAGAGCUGACAAGAACCCUUGAAGAACUCGGGUUUGAGAAGGUCCCGAGAGACUCCGAGGAAAAUGCGGAUCCGGCUCAGGCGAGACGGUCGAGACCGGGUGAGCCAUGCAUGGAUGCCUGGGUGAGCCGCCCUCAAAAGGGUCGCGCGACCACCGCGCGACGCAACAUCCUGCAACCAACAUUCACAAUUCAGUUUUUCGAAAUAUCGACGUGA